AUGUUGAAGAUAGCCGGCAUGAAGAGCCGCACCGGAGCGGCCGGGUUCUGGGAUCCGAGGAUGGAUAAGGUCCGGCGAGAGGUGGUCACCAACUGGCUUCGGACAUUAUUGAUGCUCAUGACCUUCAUCUUAGCGGUGUUGUCUAUGUACUGGGGAGUUCUCACGCACAUCGACGGGAACCUCCACAAGUUAGUAAUUUACGUGGUCGACUUCGACGGGCAGGUGGCGCCGUACGACGACGUGACGCCGCUCGUAGGACCGACAGUAACGGAGGUCGCGCAGCAGGUUAUAGACGGUGAGGCGGAAGUUGGGGCCGUGUACGACUGGCAUUGCUGGGCGGCUAUUAUCGUCAACCCGAAUGCCACCGCCUUGUUACAGGAGGCUGUCGCAACGGGAAACUCGUCCUACGAUCCCACGGGUGCUAUCCAGUUCAUCACUCAGUCCGCGAGACAGGAGACUACCACCAUCAAUUAUAUCGUUCCACUGAUGAAUGCCCUCGCUGCUCAGUUUGCAGCAAGGUUCGGCCCGACGUGGACUCAAAGUGUUAUGUCGAAUUCCUCGCUCGAUAGGGAUGUGAUUGCUCAAGCACCCGCGGCCCUGAGUCCAGGUGUCACUCCCUUGUCCAUCGACUUGCGACCUUUUGGUCCUGCUACCGCUACACCGACGGUCAGCAUCGGUCUGAUUUACCUCAUCAUCGUCGCAUUCUUCUCCUUUGCCUUUUUCCUACCCAUCCACAUGCAAUUCAUCAUUCCCAAGGGGCACCCUCCACUUCGCUUCUGGCAGCUCAUAGUCUGGCGGAUUUGCGCGACGAUAACGACGUACUUUUUGGUGUCGCUCAUAUACUCGUUCGUGUCCCUCGCUUUUCAAAUCCCUUUUACAAAUCCGCCGGCGUCGCCUACCGAGCCGGCGAUUAAUCCUACGGCGUACGGCCGAGGUUCAUUUGCCGUUUAUUGGAUGGUAAACUUCAUCGGGAUGUGUGCGCUAGGCCUCGCCUGUGAGAACAUGGGUAUAAUCAUCGGUCAGCCUUGGACAGCCGGCUGGCUCAUCUUUUGGGUCAUCACCAACGUGUCAACAGCCUUCUACGCGAUCGAGCUAGCACCGGGAUUCUUCCGCUGGGGUUACGCCUGGCCCUUGCAUCACGUCGUGCAAGCAAGUCGGUCAAUUCUGUUUGACCUACACUCGGAGAUCGGAUUGAACUUCGGGGUGCUGUUUGCGUGGGUCGCCAUCAACAUUGCGCUGUUCCCUAUCUGCUGCUACAUCGGACGGUGGAGGCAGGAGAAUGGGCAGCGGAACGGCGAGAGGGCCGCCGAGUCGUAUACCGUAUACGAUGCCCGGGCCGAGGGCCAAAAGAAGGUCGUUCCGAAGGAGAAGGGUGCGUUACCGCCGGUCAGGAAGCGGGGGUUUAUGAGAGGUGUAUAA